AUGGGUCUUGAUCAGUGUGUCCUGGAUGUUCGAAAAGAAAAAAUAUCGGUCGAUCAACUCAAAGCUUCUUUGGACUGCACACAUCUGAAUGGGCGUGAAUAUAUGUACCCAUGUCUACAUCCUGAUUAUCCUCCUAAUUAUGCAAUCUCAGAUAAUAGCAUGUUUGUGUUUUCUUCUCCAAAAGGAAUGCUUGUUCUUUUACUCUAUGUGGAUGAUAUUUUGCUUACUGGAAGUUCAUCUAGUUUGAUUGAUUCUUUAAUUACUUCUCUUAAACAAGAAUUUGCAAUGAAGGAGUUAGGAGAAUUGGGUUAUUUUUUGCGAAUUGAAGCAGUAAGAGGACCUGAUUCUAUUGUAUUGACCUUGCAGUAUUUAACAAUUACAAAGCCUGAUAUAUGUUUUGGUGUCAAUUAUGUAUCACAAUUCAUGCAUUCUCCUUCAGAUAUUCACUUACAGUUGGUAAAAAAGAUUUUGAGAUAUUUGAAAGGUACUAUUGGUCUAGGAAUUACUUUAAAGAAAGACAGUUUACAACAUUUAAAAGCUUACACAGAUUCUGAUUGGGUUGGGUACCCAGAUACAAGAAGAUCAACUUCAGGUUAUGCAGUAUUUUUGGGUAACAAUUUAGUGUCCUGGUCUACUAAAAAGAAGACAAUUGUUUCAAAGUUCUCAGCAGAGGCUGAGUAUAAGUGUAUGUCAGUAGCCUUUGGAGAGUUAAAGUGGUUGGUUGAUAUGUUGUCUGAAUUACAUGUUUCAGUUGAAACUCCAACAUUGCUUCUUUGUGAUAAUACUAGUGUUUUAUCCUUCGCUUCUAAUCCUGUUUUUCAUGCCAGGACAAAACACAUAGAAAUUCAAUACCACACAAUUAGAGAGCUGGUGGAGCAGGGGUUCUUAAGACUUCAACAUAUUGCUAGUGAGGAUCAAAUUACAGACAUUUUUACCAAAGGACUCUGCUUUCCAUCUUUCUUCAAGCUUCUACAGUCUCUCAUGGGUGUUCAGUUGCAGGGUAUUUCUUUUGGCACUUCUGCAGAAAUUACUUCUUAG